AUGACUGUGUAUUGUGCCCAGCCGGUGGAUCCCGAUCUCACCGCCAAGCUUUUGGGCCGCGGCGUGGCCGUAUCCCCCAUUGUUACGGUCGAGCCGCGUCGCCGCAAAUUCCACAAGGCCAUCACCCUCAGCAUGCCUGCCCCCAAGGCUCACAGCCAGGGGAUGAUCAAUCAGUACUCGGGCAACACGCCCACCCUGCGACUGCUCUGCUCGAUCACAGGCGGACCAUCCCGUGCUCAAUGGGAGGAUGUUACCGGUUCCACGCCCCUGACUUUUGUCAACGACUGUGUCUCCUUUACGACCACCGUAUCGGCUCGUUUCUGGCUGAUGGAUUGUCGCAACAUUUCGGACGCCACAAAAAUGGCCACGGAGCUGUACAAGGAAGUAAUCCACGUGCCGUUCAUUGCCAAGUUUGUGGUGUUCGCCAAGAAGAUCGAACCUUUCGAGGCCCGUCUCCGGGUCUUCUGCAUGACCGACGAUCGCGAGGAUAAAACACUCGAGAAGCACGAGCUCUACACAGAGGUGGCCAAGAGCCGAGAUGUAGAGGUUCUUGAGGGCAAGCCGCAGUACAUCGAAAUGGCCGGCAACCUGGUACCCGUCACCAAGUCGGGCGACCAACUCCAACUGCAAUUCAAGGCCUUCCGCGAGAACCGCCUGCCCUUCACAGUGCGAGUCAAAGAUCAGCAUGCUGACAUUGUUGGUCGCACACUGUUCAUGAAAGAGCCGAAGGUGGCCAAGGGUGAGCCACCGCAACAGCCUAUCUGCAUCCUGAACAUCGUUCUCCCGGAGGCUGUAAUCCCAGACUCAACUACCGCCUUCUCGGACCGAGUCACCUCCGCAUACAGGACCUCAAUGUUCAGUUUGAGCAAACAUCAAAACGACCAUUACAUUGGCGACAUCCGCAUCGUUGAUCUCUCCAACCUUUUGGGCAAAGAUUGGAUUCAACUGGCCCCCGAAAUUGGAAUAAAUUCGGAGGAAAUCGACGAGAUUAUCAACCAUAACACCGACAGUAUUGCAAGGCAGGCGCAGAGCAUGAUCCGCCUCUAUAAGGACAAGCCGAACUACGAUAUCCUGUCUCUAGAAACGGCUCUUAAAAACAUUGGGCGAGACGAUAUUAUGAAGAAGUGCAAGAGUGGACGACUAUCGCAUUCACGAGAGUUCGAUGACACGGAUAUAAUGAAGAACUCCGAAUCCGUAGAGGAGCUGGUUCGCAGAGAAAGCAAACGAAUCCAGCAAAUCAACGAACGCGAGGAAGUCAAAUACUCUGCCGAGGAGAAGGAAGUCGAGGAGUCCGAGUCCGAUGAGGAAGCUGCGAAACGAACCGUGGCUGAACGUCGUGAGAAGAUUGUCAAGCGUCUGUCCGUAGAGCGAUCCAUCCCUGCCUCGACGCAAAAGAGAGAGAUCAACCGUGAAAUAACCGAAAUCAAGCGGAAGAGUCUUAUCGAGGACAAAAAGGCACACCAUGAGUCCGAGAUACUGAUGCAACUGCCCGCCGACAAUGUGAUCAUCAAAACCACAACAGUACCCGAUCAAGUCAUCAAGAUGAAGAUGGGCAAGAUGGAUUCAACCGAAGUGAGCAAGAGCGAGUUUGAAAAAGAACUCACGCACAAGUUCAAGACAUCCGGCCGCAGCUCAGAGGAGGAAGACCAGCCAUCUUCUCCAGACCAGACUGACAAAAUUAUCCAGGACAUUAGUGCUGCCGAAAAGAAGGAGAAAGAUGGAGUAACCUUCAGUCGGGUGACUACCAUAACCCGCCAAGAAGCUCGCGACAUCACUGAGGAUUUCCUAGAGAUCGAGAGGAACAGCCAACUCCCUGUCACUUCCACCACCGCAACAGUUCACGAGAAGUUCGUUGAAGAGGUCAAGGAGAAGACAAGCCCUCUGGCUUCAGUGCCUCAGGAAACCAUAAAAGAGGUCCAACAAGUCAUCAGUGAGGUGACCGAAAUAGCUAGCAAGAAGGUUGAGAACAUAAUUAGCUCCUUCGAGACCAGUAAACCCGUAGAAGCUACUGCAACCUUACCAACUCAGGCGUCUGCCGAAUCAACGAAGGUCAGCGAGACGAUUAAACACCUGGAGGAUGCCAAGACGGUGACCCAGGAGCAAGUAAAAACUAUCCAGUUCAUUGAGAGCUCAAGUAUAGAGGAGACAAUUGCCGAAUUCGAAGCCAAGAAGGUCAAGUAUGAUUUUCAUGGUGGCGAGCCCAAGACUCAGAUCCCCAAGUUUACACGAAAGUCGAGCGAGGACUCGAUGAAACCUACUGCAGCCCCACGUGCUACUGUUGAAGCCGAUAUUGAUUCGCUCGUUGAGACUAAAUCUGAAAAACCUAUCUCAAAGAUUCCAGUGAAGACAACACCAGCCGAAGCUCAGAAGGCUGGCGAUGUGGAUGCACGGAAGAUGACUCAAGACUUUUUGCAGGGCGAGAAACUGGCUGCCGAACCAAAAGCAGCCCCAGCAGCCCCAGCAGCCAGCAAGAUUCCCAAAGUGGAGCCGAGAAAAUCGGUGGAUAAGCAGAUGGACAGGGAGUCAAAGAUCUUGGAUGAUGUUGUCGCCUCUACUGCUACCAUUAUGACAGCAGGUCUGGGGCAUGAACAGCUGAAGGACAAGCCCGUUGAACAACCAGAAGUUAUUGCUAAGGCAGAGACUCUCAACGAAAAGGUCUCCGAGCUGAUUAACACAUUCCAGAAGAUCGAGGAGAAGGUGACCAAGUCGGAGAAGUCCUCGGAAAUUGCCAGCAAAGUGGAAGAGUUAGUCAAAAUCGAAGAUAAGCCUCUAGCUCCUGUUCAACCAAAGGAAGACAAAGUGGCGGAAAAGGUGGCCGAGGUAGUUGAAACAUUCUACAAGAUCGAAGAGCAGAUCACAACAGCCGAGGCCCGCAAGCUCACCCACGAUUUCCUUAGCAUGGAGCAGCAAAGCCAAUUACCGAGCAUUCCGCAAGCCGCUGAGAAGCCCCUUGAAUCUAGCUUGACCUCCACAAGUGCAUCGGAACCGGAUUCAAUAGUCACUGUGAAAUCCUCUCCGCCAGCUAGUAAGAUACCUGUGGUGGAGCCCAGAAAGACACUUACCGAAGAAACACCAAAGCCUCUGAUUGAAACUGAACCUGUACAGGCCACUGAAAAGAAAGCCCUGAAUGAGCGACAGCUUACCGCGGAUUUCUUGAGCAUGGAGCAGCAAACUCAGCUCGUUUCCGAACCCGCAAAGAAGCUGGUUGAGGAGGUGAUGAAGACAGCCGAACAACUGGUGGAACAGCCUAAAGAGCAAAAACCAUGGAAUGAGCGCCAGCUUACAGAAGAUUUCCUAAUCAUGGAACAGCAGACACAACUGCCUUCAAAGCUAAAAGAAGAGCUGAUCGAUGGCAUUGAGUCAGCGGCCCCAGUUGGGGAUGGAUCUCCUUUCCACACACCCAAGCUGACCACCACUGUGGUAACUCAAGAGCCACAACAUCUGACAAGUGAAUAUGAUAGUGACACCUUUGGCAAAGAAGCCACCGUUCCACUAAGAGACAUCAUCAAAGAGGAGGGACUUACUGCUCCAGUGUCCGUGGAGCCACGGAAAUCGCUGACGGAUGCUGAGUUCUGCAAAUCGGUGGGCGAAACGAUCACCAAAAAGAUGAGCGUGGGCGUAAUUGAAAUAUCCGAUGAGCUCAAGAAAAUAGGGAGCGAAAUCCCACACUCCCAGACUCCUCCACCAACACCGAGUGACACCAAAACCGACAAGCAGAGCGAGGAACCAGAACUUAUCAGCUUAGAACGUGAUUAUCUGGCCGACACUGUGACCACCCUGCACACGACCACAGAGUCGACCUUUGAACGCGUCUCUGCCAUUACCAAAAUUGAAAUGAGUACAAGUAGUCAAACACCGAAGACGACAACAACGACGAUCCUGACAGCACAAAUUGAUCGCACCCAAGUAGACUUAACCAUUCCAGAGAAAGAUCAGCUGAAGGAGAAGAUAAAGGAUCAGCCAUCAGUAGAUGUAGAUGCAGAUGCAGAGAAAAGUGCCAGUGAUAGGGAGUACUUAGAGCAAAUUAUGGGCUGUGGCGAUGUCAGACGCAAGAUAAUGCGUUUGGAAAGCACUGGCAGCACAGAAUCAUUGGAGUCAAUUGGCAAGCAGGCCGCUGUGACUCCCAAAUUCAUUGGAGAUAAUGUACCAGUGGUACGAGAGGUGGUGCAGAGCAUUGAGGAUAAGAUCUGCAGUACAGUGGUGUCGGCCAUUCCAUUUACUGUCCAAAAACGGCAGCCCGAAGAUAGUGAUAAGGAACUUGAUGUGGUAGAGCUAGAAAAGCAAAUACUAACGCCAGCAGACUUGGCCCUGGAAAAGUUAAUCAAGUGUGAACCACCCGCUGUGGUGGCAAAGAUUUCACCCAUCGAGGCCAUGGAGCAUGUGGGUCUUGGCCUAAAAGAAAUAGAGGAAGAAGUUUGUGAAAAAGUUUGUGAGAAGCGGAAGGCCUUUGUGGUGGCUGAAGACUUAUGUGAAACGGAAAAGACUUUAACAGAACAGGUAAUAGAAUUAAAUAGACAUGUAGAGCAGGUACCUGGCAAGAUUUUAACUGAAACUGUUGAGGAGCACUUAGAUAUAGAAGGUAAGGAUGUUAAAGAAGCUUUACCAAAGGUAAGGGAAGUUGUGCAGGACUUUGAACGGCGAUAUCCUGCAUCGAGUUUAGAGGCCAAGCCGUUCAGUGCCCGAAAACGAGUAACCCCGGAACGUAAAGCUGAUGUUUCGUCCAUAGAGCAGCAGAUUUUAAGCGAUGCCGAUUUGAUUUUUGAUGUUUUGGGUUCUAAGCACGUACCCGAGCCAAAGGUGCAGUCGCCCGUUUUCUCAAUGGAAAACACGAGCGGCAGUACUGAAAACCUCGAAGGCGUAUGUGAAAAGAAAUGCUCAAAACGGACAAUCUCCGAUAUGGCAAAGGCCUUUGAAAAACAAAAAGACGCAGAAACUCCAUCAGUUAAAGACAUCAAAUCAGCAACAGUCAUGUUUCUAGAACAUGAGUCCGUAAAACUCGAUAUCACGGAAAGUAUCAAAGAGUUUGAGGCCAAGAGUAUUUUAAAUGAAGGACUAACAGAAUCUAUUAAGGAUACUAAGCUGGUAGAAUUUCCAAAAAUUGCACACACCCUCGAACGGUUACAUUCCAUUUCCAAAACGGAUGUCGAGGAUACCAAGGAGUUUGCCCACGUAGCUAGUGAACAUGAAGCGAAGAUGGACAGGCUAGUGGACAACAGAGCACACCUAACAGCACUAAAAGGUAACCAAAUCCUAGAAAAGGAUAUCCAAGUCAAGUUUCCGACGCAAGAUAAAACAGAUGAGCUUCAAACGUACCAGUGCUUAGCCAUCAAGACUUCAGAACUUGUCCAAAUGACUGAUACACAAAAUAAGUUCCCCUCUGAAGUGAAAACCGAUUUUGAUAAACAACUAAUUGAAAGUGAUAGUGACGAAGAGAUAGACAAUCUACAAAAGAUAAACAAACUUAAGCAUUUAUCGAAAACUGAGCAAACAUCUAUUCUAGAUGAAACUAGGAUCCUGGAAAGUACUCAAAAAAGUGAUAUAACCAAGUUUCCAACAACCAACGAUAUUAUUAGUUUCAAAGUCCAAGAACGUUCACCAGCUCUAACCAAUAUAGAGUCGGUGAGCACAAUUAUUAAAUCAAAAGAUAGCAAGAUCAGAAAACCAUUAGAUCUAAAUCCCAGUUUGAAAGACGAUAAGCUCCCAAUCACUUUAGGAGAUAAGCCCAAGUCACCAGUUGAGACAGUAACAUCUAGUCAAAAAGAGUAUUCGGACGAUGAAAGCGAUGAGGAGUUUGGAAUUACUCAGCCCCAAGACAAACACGCUUUCCAGCCCACUUCUUUGGUAACUCCUCUUGUCGAAGCUGGGGAUAAAUCUUCUGUUAAAGUUGGUGAGAAACCAAAGUCGCUUGAGAUGAAAGACGAAAAGCUACCAACUAAGCUAGAAGACAAACCCAAAUCACCCAUUGAGUCGGUAAAGCCUACUGUAAGGGAGUAUUCGGACGAUGAAAGUUACGAAGAGUUUGGAAUUCCAAAGCCCCAUGACAAGCCUGUUAGUGAACCAUUACCCUCGGUAAUCCCUACUACUAGUGUUCCAGAUAAAUCGCCUCUUAAGGACGAUGUGAAGCCUAAGGAAGUUACUGUAUUCAAGGUAGAAGAAGGUUCUACAACAAUUCAAACCAACAUAAGUUCUUCAAGCACCAUUGUUAUAUCAAUAGAUAGCAAGAUCAGCAAACCAUUAGAUCCGAUUGCAGGUUUGAAAGACGAUAAGCUCCCAACUUCUUUAGAAGAUAAGCCCAAGUCACCAGUUGAGUCAGUAACAUUUAGUCAAAAAGAGUAUUCAGACGAUGAAAGUGACGAGGAGUUUGGAAUUACUCAGCCCCAAGACAAACACGCUUUCCAGCCCACUUCUUUGGUAACUCCUCAAGUCGAAGCUGGGGAUAAAUCUUCUGUUAAAGUUGAUGAGAAACCAAAGUCGCUUGAGCUGAAAGACGAAAAGCUAACAACUAAGCUAGAAGACAAGCCCAAAUCACCCAUUGAGUCGGUAAAGCCUACGGUAAGCGAGUAUUCGGACGAUAAAAGUGACGAAGAGUUUGGAAUUCCAAAGCCCCAUGACAAGCCUGUUAGUGAACCAAUACCCUCGGUAGUCCCUACUGCUAGUGUUCCAGAUAAAUCCCCUCUUAAGGACGAUUUAAGGCCCAAGGAAGUUACUGUUUUCAAGGCGGAAGAAAGUUCAACAACAAUUCAAAGCAACAUAAAAUCUUCAAGCACCAUUGUUGAAUCAAUAGAUAUCAAGAUCAGCAAACCAUUAGAUCCGUUUGCAGGUUUGAAAGACGAUAAGCUCCCAACCUCUUUACAAGAUAAGCCCAAGUCACCAGUUGAGUCAGUAACAUUUAGUCCAAAAGAGUAUUCAAAUGAUGAAAGCGAUGAGGAGUUUGGAAUUACUCAGCCCCAAGACAAACACGCUUUCCAGCCCACUUCUUUGGUAACUCCUCAAGUCGAGGCUGGGGAUAAAUCUUCUGUUAAAGUUGAUGAGAAACCAAAGUCGCUUGAGCUGAAAGACGAAAAGCUAACAACUAAGCUAGAAGACAAACCCAAAUCACCCAUUGAGUCAGCAAAGCCUAGUGUAAGGGAGUAUUCGGACAAUGAAAGUGACGAAGAGUUUGGAAUUCCAAAGCCCCAUGACAAGCCUGUUAGUGAACCAACACCCUCCGUAAUCCCUACUGCUAGUGUUCCAGAUAAAUCGCCUCCUAAGGACGAUUUAAGGCCUAAGGAAGUUACUGUUUUCAAGGCGGAAGAAAGUUCAACAACAAUUCAAAGCAACAUAAAAUCUUCAAGCACCAUUGUUGAAUCAAUAGAUAGCAAGAUCAGCAAGCCAUUAGAUCCGUUUGCAGGUUUGAAAGACGAUAAGCUCCCAACCUCUUUAGAAGAUAAGCCCAAGUUACCAGGUGAGACAGUAACAUUAAGUCAAAAAGAGUAUUCAGACGAUGAAAACGAUGAGGAGUUUGGAAUUACUCAGCCCCAAGACAAACACGCUUUCCAGCCCACUUCUUUGGUAUCUCCUCUAGUAGAAGCUGGGGAUAAAUCUUCUGUUAAAGUUGAUGAGAAAACAAAGUCGCUUGAGCUGAAAGACGAAAAGCUACCAACUAAGCUAGAAGACAAACCCAAAUCACCCAUUGAGUCGGUAAAGCCUACGGUAAGCGAGUAUUCGGACGAUAAAAGUGACGAAGAGUUUGGAAUUCCAAAGCCCCAUGACAAGCCUGUUAGUGAACCAAUACCCUCGGUAAUUCCUACUGCUAGUGUUCCAGAUAAAUCCCCUUUUAAGGACGAUUUAAGGCCCAAGGAAGUUACUGUUUUCAAGGUAGAAGAAAGUUCUACAACAAUUCAAAGCAACAUAAAAUCUGCAAGCACCAUUCUUGAAUCAAUAGAUAGCAAGAUCAGCAAACCAUUAGAUCCGAUUGCAGGUUUGAAAGACGAUAAGCUCCCAACCUCUUUAGGAGAUAAGCCCAAGUCACCAGUUGAGACAGUAACAUCUAGUCAAAAAGAGUAUUCGAACGAUGAAAACGAGAAGGAGUUUGGAAUUACUCAGCCCCAAGACAAACACGCUUUCCAGCCCACUUCUUCGGUAACUCCUCUAGUCGAAGCUGGGGAUAAAUCUUCUGUUAAAGUUGAUGAGAAACCAAAGUCGCUUGAGCUGAAAGACGAAAAGCUACCAACUAAGCUAGAAGACAAACCCAAAUCACUCAUUGAGUCAGUAAAGCCUACUGUAAGGGAGUAUUCGGACGAUGAAAGUGACGAAGAGUUUGGAAUUCCAAAGCCCCAUGACAAGCCUGUUAGUGAACCAUUACCCUCGGUAAUCCCUACUACUAGUGUUCCAGAUAAAUCGCCUCUUAAGGACGAUGUAAAGCCUAAGGAAGUUACUGUUUUCAAGGUAGAAGAAAGUUCUACAACAAUUCAAACCAACAUAAAAUCUGCAAGCACCAUUGUUGAAUCAAUAGAUAGCAAGAUCAGCAAACCAUUAGAUCCGAUUGCAGGUUUGAAAGACGAUAAGCUCCCAACCACUUUAGGAGAUAAGCCCAAGUCACCAGUUGAGACAGUAACAUCUAGUCAAAAAGAGUAUUCGGACGAUGAAAGCGAUGAGGAGUUUGGAUUUACUCAGCCCCAAGACAAACACGCUUUUCAGCCCACUUCUUUGGUAUCUCCUCUAGUAGAAGCUGGGGAUAAAUCUUCUGUUAAAGUUGAUUAUAAACCAAAGUCGCUUGAGCUGAAAGACGAAAAGCUUCCAACUAAGCUAGAAGACAAACCCAAAUCACCCAUUGAGUCAGUAAAGCCUACUGUAGUGGGGUAUUCGGACGAUGAAAGUGACGAAGAGUUUGGAAUUCCAAAGCCCCAUGACAAGCCUGUUAGUGAACCAUUACCCUCGGUAAUCCCUACUACUAGUGUUCCGGAUAAAUCGCCUCUUAAAGACGAUGUAAGGCCUAAGGAAGUUAUUGUUUUCAAGGCGGAAGAAAGUUCAGCAACAAUUCAAAGCAACAUAAAAUCUGCAAGCACCAUUGUUGAAUCAAUAGAUAGCAAGAUCAGCAAACCAUUAGAUCCGUUUGCAGGUUUGAAAGACGAUAAGCUCCCAACCUCUUUAGGAGAUAAGCCCAAGUCACCAGUUGAGACAGUAACAUCUAGUCAAAAAGAGUAUUCGGACGAUGAAGGCGAUGAGGAGUUUGGAAUUACUCAGCCCCAAGAAAAACACGCUUUCCAGCCCACUUCUUCGGUAACUCCUCUAGUCGAAGCUGGGGAUAAAUCUUCUGUUAAAGUUGAUGAGAAACCAAAGUCGCUUGGGCUGAAAGACGAAAUGCUACCAACUAAGCUAGAAGACAAACCCAAAUCACCCAUUGAGUCAGUAAAGCCUACUGUAAGGGAGUAUUCGGACGAUGAAAGUGACGAAGAGUUUGGAAUUCCAAAGCCCCAUGACAAGCCUGUUAGUGAACCAUUACCCUCGGUAAUCCCUACUACUAGUGUUCCGGAUAAAUCGCCUCUUAAAGACGAUGUAAGGCCUAAGGAAGUUAUUGUUUUCAAGGCGGAAGAAAGUUCAACAACAAUUCAAAGCAACAUAAAAUCUGCAAGCACCAUCGUUGAAUCAAUAGAUAUCAAGAUCAGCAAACCAUUAGAUCCGUUUGCAGGUUUGAACGACGAUAAGCUCCCAACCUCUUUAGGAGAUAAGCCCAAGUCACCAGUUGAGACAGUAACAUCUAGUCAAAAAGAGUAUUCGGACGAUGAAAGCGAUGAAGAGUUUGGAAUUACUCAGCCCCAAGACAAACACGCUUUCCAGCCCACUUCUUCGGUAACUCCUCUAGUCGAAGCUGGGGAUAAAUCUUCUGUUAAAGUUGAUGAGAAACCAAAGUCGCUUGAGCUGAAAGACGAAAAGCUACCAACUAAGCUAGAAGACAAACCCAAAUCACCCAUUGAGUCAGUAAAGCCUACUGUACGGGAGUAUUCGGAUGAUGAAAGUGACGAAGAGUUUGGAAUUCCAAAGCCCCAUGACAAGCCUGACGAUGUAAAGCCUAAGGAAGUUACUGUUUUCAAGGUAGAAGAAAGUUCUACAACAAUUCAAAGCAACAUCAAGUCUGCAAGCACCAUUGUUGAAUCAAUAUAUAGCAAGAUCAGCAAACCAUUAGAUCCCAUUGCAGGUUUGAAAGACGAUAAGCUCCCAACCAGUUUAGGAUAUAAGCCCAAGUCACCAGUUGAGACAAUAACAUCUAGUCAAAAAGAGUAUUCGGACGAUGAAAGCGAUGAGGAGUUUGGAAUUACUCAGCCCCAAGAAAAACACGCUUUCCAGCUCACUUCUUCGGUAACUCCUCUAGUCGAAGCUGGGGAUAAAUCCUCUGUUAAAGUUGAUGAGAAACCAAAGUCGCUUGAGCUGAAAGACGAAAAGCUACCAACUAAGCUAGAAGACAAACCCAAAUCACCCAUUGAGUCAGUAAAGCCUACUGUAAGGGAGUAUUCGGACGAUGAAAGUGACGAAGAGUUUGGAAUUCCAAAGCCCUAUGACAAGCCUGUUAGAGAACCAUUACCCUCGGUAAUCCCUACUACUAGUGUUCCAGAUAAAUCGCCUCUUAAGGACGAUGUAAAGCCUAAGGAAGUUACUGUUUUCAAAGUAGAAGAAGGUUCUACAACAAUUCAAACCAACAUAAAAUCUGCAAGCACAGUUGUUGAAUCAAUAGAUAGCAGGAUCAGCAAGCCAUUAGAUCCGUUUGCAGGUUUGAAAGACGAUAAGCUCCCAACCUCUUUAGGAGAUAAGCCCAAGUCACCAGUUGAGUCAGUAACAUUUAGUCAAAAAGAGUUUUCAGACGAUGAAAGCGAUGAGGAGCUUGGAAUUACUCAGCCCCAAGACAAACACGCUUUCCAGCCCACUUCUUCGGUAGCUCCUCUAGUCGAAGCUGGGGAUAAAUCUUCUGUUAAAGUUGAUGAGAAACCAAAGUCGCUUGAGCUGAAAGACGAAAAGCUACCAACUAAGCUAGAAGACAAACCCAAAUCACCCAUUGAGUCAGUAAAGCCUACUGUAAGGGAGUAUUCGGACGAUGAAAGUGACGAAGAGUUUGGAAUUCCAAAGCCCCAUGACAAGCCUGUUAGUGAACCAUUACCCUCGGUAAUCCCAACUACUAGUGUUCCAGAUAAAUCGCCUCUUAAAGACGAUGUAAGGCCUAAGGAAGUUAUUGUUUUCAAGGCGGAAGAAAGUUCAACAACAAUUCAAAGCAACAUAAAAUUUGCAAGCACCAUUGUUGAAUCAAUAGAUAGCAAGAUCAGCAAACCAUUAGAUCCGUUUGCAGGUUUGAAAGACGAUAAGCUCCCAACCUCUUUAGGAGAUAAGCCCAAGUUACCAGUUGAGACAGUAACAUUUAGUCAAAAAGAGUAUUCGGACGAUGAAAGCGAUGAGGAGUUUGGAAUUACUCAGCCCCAAGACAAACACGCUUUCCAGCCCACUUCUUCGGUAACUCCUCUAGUCGAAGCUGGGGAUAAAUCUUCUGUUAAAGUUGAUGAGAAACCAAAGUCGCUUGAGCUGAAAGACGAAAAGCUACCAACUAAGCUAGAAGACAAACCCAAAUCACCCAUUGAGUCAGUAAAGCCUACUGUAAGGGAGUAUUCGGACGAUGAAAGUGACGAAGAGUUUGGAAUUCCAAAGCCCCAUGACAAGCCUGUUAAUGAACCAUUACCCUCGGUAAUCCCUACUACUAGUGUUCCAGAUAAAUCGCCUCUUAAGGACGAUGUAAAGCCUAAGGAAGUUACUGUUUUCAAGGUAGAAGAAAGUUCAACAACAAUUCAAACCAACAUAAAAUCUGCAAGCACCAUUGUUGAAUCAAUAGAUAGCAAGAUCAGCAAACCAUUAGAUCCGAUUGCAGGUAUGAAAGACGAUAAGCUCCCAACCAGUUUAGGAGAUAAGCCCAAGUCACCAGUUGAGACAGUAACAUUUAGUCAAAAAGAGUAUUCGGACGAUGAAAGCGAUGAGGAGUUUGGAAUUACUCAGCCCCAAGACAAACACGCUUUCCAGCCCACUUCUUCGGUAACUCCUCUAGUCGAAGCUGGGGAUAAAUCUUCUGUUAAAGUUGAUGAGAAACCAAAGUCGCUUGAGCUGAAAGACGAAAAGCUACCAACUAAGCUAGAAGACAAACCCAAAUCACCCAUUGAGUCAGUAAAGCCUACUGUAAGGGAGUAUUCGGACGAUGAAAGUGACGAAGAGUUUGGAAUUCCAAAGCCCCAUGACAAGCCUGUUAGUGAACCAUUACCCUCGGUAAUCCCUACUACUAGUGUUCCAGAUAAAUCGCCUCUUAAGGACGAUGUAAAGCCUAAGGAAGUUACUGUUUUCAAGGUAGAAGAAAGUUCAACAACAAUUCAAACCAACAUAAAAUCUGCAAGCACCAUUGUUGAAUCAAUAGAUAGCAAGAUCAGCAAACCAUUAGAUCCGAUUGCAGGUAUGAAAGACGAUAAGCUCCCAACCAGUUUAGGAGAUAAGCCCAAGUCACCAGUUGAGUCAGUAACAUCUGGUCAAAAAGAGUAUUCGGACGAUGAAAGCGAUGAGGAGUUUGGAAUUACUCAGCCCCCAGACAAACACGCUUUCCAGCCCACUUCUUCGGUAACUCCUCUAGUCGAAGCUGGGGAUAAAUCUUCUGUUAAAGUUGAUGAAAAACCAAAGUCGCUUGAGCUGAAAGACGAAAAGCUACCAACUAAGCUAGAAGACAAACCCAAAUCACCCAUUGAGUCAGUAAAGCCUACUGUAAGGGAGUAUUCGGACGAUGAAAGUGACGAAGAGUUUGGAAUUCCAAAGCCCCAUGACAAGCCUGUUAGUGAACCAUUACCCUCGGUAAUCCCUACUACUAGUGUUCCAGAUAAAUCGCCUCUUAAAGACGAUGUAAGGCCUAAGGAAGUUAUUGUUUUCAAGGCGGAAGAAAGUUCAACAACAAUUCAAAGCAACAUAAAAUUUGCAAGCACCAUUGUUGAAUCAAUAGAUAGCAAGAUCAGCAAACCAUUAGAUCCGUUUGCAGGUUUGAAAGACGAUAAGCUCCCAACCUCUUUAGGAGAUAAGCCCAAGUCACCAGUUGAGACAGUAACAUUUAGUCAAAAAGAGUAUUCGGACGAUGAAAGCGAUGAGGAGUUUGGAAUUACUCAGCCCCAAGACAAACACGCUUUCCAGCCCACUUCUUCGGUAACUCCUCUAGUCGAAGCUGGGGAUAAAUCUUCUGUUAAAGUUGAUGAGAAACCAAAGUCGCUUGAGCUGAAAGACGAAAAGCUACCAACUAAGCUAGAAGACAAACCCAAAUCACCCAUUGAGUCAGUAAAGCCUACUGUAAGGGAGUAUUCGGACGAUGAAAGUGACGAAGAGUUUGGAAUUCCAAAGCCCCAUGACAAGCCUGUUAAUGAACCAUUACCCUCGGUAAUCCCUACUACUAGUGUUCCAGAUAAAUCGCCUCUUAAGGACGAUGUAAAGCCUAAGGAAGUUACUGUUUUCAAGGUAGAAGAAAGUUCAACAACAAUUCAAACCAACAUAAAAUCUGCAAGCACCAUUGUUGAAUCAAUAGAUAGCAAGAUCAGCAAACCAUUAGAUCCGAUUGCAGGUAUGAAAGACGAUAAGCUCCCAACCAGUUUAGGAGAUAAGCCCAAGUCACCAGUUGAGACAGUAACAUUUAGUCAAAAAGAGUAUUCGGACGAUGAAAGCGAUGAGGAGUUUGGAAUUACUCAGCCCCAAGACAAACACGCUUUCCAGCCCACUUCUUCGGUAACUCCUCUAGUCGAAGCUGGGGAUAAAUCUUCUGUUAAAGUUGAUGAGAAACCAAAGUCGCUUGAGCUGAAAGACGAAAAGCUACCAACUAAGCUAGAAGACAAACCCAAAUCACCCAUUGAGUCAGUAAAGCCUACUGUAAGGGAGUAUUCGGACGAUGAAAGUGACGAAGAGUUUGGAAUUCCAAAGCCCCAUGACAAGCCUGUUAGUGAACCAUUACCCUCGGUAAUCCCUACUACUAGUGUUCCAGAUAAAUCGCCUCUUAAGGACGAUGUAAAGCCUAAGGAAGUUACUGUUUUCAAGGUAGAAGAAAGUUCAACAACAAUUCAAACCAACAUAAAAUCUGCAAGCACCAUUGUUGAAUCAAUAGAUAGCAAGAUCAGCAAACCAUUAGAUCCGAUUGCAGGUAUGAAAGACGAUAAGCUCCCAACCAGUUUAGGAGAUAAGCCCAAGUCACCAGUUGAGUCAGUAACAUCUGGUCAAAAAGAGUAUUCGGACGAUGAAAGCGAUGAGGAGUUUGGAAUUACUCAGCCCCAAGACAAACACGCUUUCCAGCCCACUUCUUCGGUAACUCCUCUAGUCGAAGCUGGGGAUAAAUCUUCUGUUAAAGUUGAUGAGAAACCAAAGUCGCUUGAGCUGAAAGACGAAAAGCUACCAACUAAGCUAGAAGACAAACCCAAAUCACCCAUUGAGUCAGUAAAGCCUACUGUAAGGGAGUAUUCGGACGAUGAAAGUGACGAAGAGUUUGGAAUUCCAAAGCCCCAUGACAAGCCUGUUAGUGAACCAUUACCCUCGGUAAUCCCUACUACUAGUGUUCCAGAUAAAUCGCCUCUUAAAGACGAUGUAAGGCCUAAGGAAGUUAUUGUUUUCAAGGCGGAAGAGAGUUCAACAACAAUUCAAAGCAACAUAAAAUCUGCAAGCACCAUUGUUGAAUCAAUAGAUAGCAAGAUCAGCAAACCAUUAGAUCCGUUUGCAGGUUUGAAAGACGAUAAGCUCCCAACCUCUUUAGGAGAUAAGCCCAAGUCACCAGUUAAGACAGUAACAUCUAGUCAAAAAGAGUAUUCGGACGAUGAAAGCGAUGAGGAGUUUGGAAUUACUCAGCCCCAAGACAAACACGCUUUCCAGCCCACUUCUUCGGUAACUCCUCUAGUCGAAGCUGGGGAUAAAUCUUCUGUUAAAGUUGAUGAAAAACCAAAGUCGCUUGAGCUGAAAGACGAAAAGCUACCAACUAAGCUAGAAGACAAACCCAAAUCACCCAUUGAGUCAGUAAAGCCUACUGUAAGGGAGUAUUCGGACGAUGAAAGUGACGAAGAGUUUGGAAUUCCAAAGCCCCAUGACAAGCCUGUUAGUGAACCAUUACCCUCGGUAAUCCCUACUACUAGUGUUCCAGAUAAAUCGCCUCUUAAGGACGAUGUAAAGCCUAAGGAAGUUACUGUUUUCAAGGUAGAAGAAAGUUCUACAACAAUUCAAAGCAACAUAAAAUCUGCAAGCACCAUUGUUGAAUCAAUAGAUAGCAAGAUCAGCAAACCAUUAGAUCCCAUUGCAGGUUUGAAAGACGAUAAGCUCCCAACCAGUUUAGGAGAUAAGCCCAAGUCACCAGUUGAGACAGUAACAUCUAGUCAAAAAGAGUAUUCGGACGAUGAAAGCGAUGAGGAGUUUGGAAUUACUCCGCCCCAAGACAAACACGCUUUCCAGCCCACUUCUUUGGUAACUCCUCUAGUCGAAGCUGGGGAUAAAUCUUCUGUUAAAGUUGAUGAGAAACCAAAGUCGCUUGAGCUGAAAGACGAAAAGCUACCAACUAAGCUAGAAGACAAACCCAAAUCACCCAUUGAGUCAGUAAAGCCUACUGUAAGGGAGUAUUCGGACGAUGAAAGUGACGAAGAGUUUGGAAUUCCAAAGCCCCAUGACAAGCCUGUUAGUGAACCAUUGCCCUCAGUAAUCCCUACUACUAGUGUUCCAGAUAAAUCGCCUCUUAAAGACGAUGUAAGGCCUAAGGAAGUUAUUGUUUUCAAGGCGGAAGAGAGUUCAACAACAAUUCAAACCAACAUAAAAUCUGCAAGCACCAUUGUUGAAUCAAUAGAUAGCAAGAUCAGCAAACCAUUAGAUCCGAUUGCAGGUUUGAAAGACGAUAAGCUCCCAACCACUUUAGGAGAUAAGCCCAAGUCACCAGUUGAGUCAGUAACAUUUGGUCAAAAAGAGUAUUCGGACGAUGAAAGCGAUGAGGAGUUUGGAAUUACUCAGCCCCAAGACAAACACGCUUUCCAGCCCACUUCUUUGGUAACUCCUCUAGUCGAAGCUGGGAAUAAAUCUUCUGUUAAAGUUGAUGAGAAACCAAAGUCGCUUGAGCUGAAAGAAGAAAAGCUACCAACUAAGCUAGAAGACAAACCCAAAUCACCCAUUGAGUCAGUAAAGCCUACUGUAAGGGAGUAUUCGGACGAUGAAAGUGACGAAGAGUUUGGAAUUCCAAAGCCCCAUGACAAGCCUGUUAGUGAACCAUUACCCUCGGUAAUCCCUACUACUAGUGUUCCAGAUAAAUCGCCUCUUAAGGACGAUGUAAAGCCUAAGGAAGUUACUGUUUGCAAGGUAGAAGAAAGUUCUACAACAAUUCAAAGCAACAUCAAGUCUGCAAGCACCAUUGUUGAAUCAAUAUAUAGCAAGAUCAGCAAACCAUUAGAUCCCAUUGCAGGUUUGAAAUACGAUAAGCUCCCAACCAGUUUAGGAGAUAAGCCCAAGUCACCAGUUGAGACAGUAACAUCUAGUCAAAAAGAGUAUUCGGACGAUGAAAGCGAUGAGGAGUUUGGAAUUACUCCGCCCCAAGACAAACACGCUUUCCAGCCCACUUCUUUGGUAACUCCUCUAGUCGAAGCUGGGGAUAAAUCUUCUGUUAAAGUUGAUGAGAAACCAAAGUCGCUUGAGCUGAAAGACGAAAAGCUACCAACUAAGCUAGAAGACAAACCCAAAUCACCCAUUGAGUCAGUAAAGCCUAUUGUAAGGGAGUAUUCGGACGAUGAAAGUGACGAAGAGUUUGGAAUUCCAAAGCCCCAUGACAAGCCUGUUAGUGAACCAUUGCCCUCAGUAAUCCCUACUACUAGUGUUCCAGAUAAAUCGCCUCUUAAAGACGAUGUAAGGCCUAAGGAAGUUAUUGUUUUCAAGGCGGAAGAGAGUUCAACAACAAUUCAAACCAACAUAAAAUCUGCAAGCACCAUUGUUGAAUCAAUAGAUAGCAAGAUCAGCAAACCAUUAGAUCCGAUUGCAGGUUUGAAAGACGAUAAGCUCCCAACCACUUUAGGAGAUAAGCCCAAGUCACCAGUUGAGUCAGUAACAUUUGGUCAAAAAGAGUAUUCGGACGAUGAAAGCGAUGAGGAGUUUGGAAUUACUCAGCCCCAAGACAAACACGCUUUCCAGCCCACUUCUUUGGUAACUCCUCUAGUCGAAGCUGGGAAUAAAUCUUCUGUUAAAGUUGAUGAGAAACCAAAGUCGCUUGAGCUGAAAGAAGAAAAGCUACCAACUAAGCUAGAAGACAAACCCAAAUCACCCAUUGAGUCAGUAAAGCCUACUGUAAGGGAGUAUUCGGACGAUGAAAGUGACGAAGAGUUUGGAAUUCCAAAGCCCUAUGACAAGCCUGUUAGUGAACCAUUACCCUCGGUAAUCCCUACUACUAGUGUUCCAGAUAAAUCGCCUCUUAAGGACGAUGUAAAGCCUAAGGAAGUCACUGUUUUCAAGGUAGAAGAAAGUUCUACAACAAUUCAAAGCAACAUCAAGUCUGCAAGCACCAUUGUUGAAUCAAUAUAUAGCAAGAUCAGCAAACCAUUAGAUCCCAUUGCAGAUUUGAAAGACGAUAAGCUCCCAACCAGUUUAGGAGAUAAGCCCAAGUCACCAGUUGAGACAGUAACAUCUAGUCAAAAAGAGUAUUCGGACGAUGAAAGCGAUGAGGAGUUUGGAAUUACUCCGCCCCAAGACAAACACGCUUUCCAGCCCACUUCUUUGGUAACUCCUCUAGUCGAAGCUGGGGAUAAAUCUUCUGUUAAAGUUGAUGAGAAACCAAAGUCGCUGGAGCUAAAAGACGAAAAGCUACCAACUAAGCUAGAAGACAAACCCAAAUCACCCAUUGAGUCAGUAAAGCCUACUGUAAGGGAGUAUUCGGACGAUGAAAGUGACGAAGAGUUUGGAAUUCCAAGGCCCCAUGGCAAGCCUGUUAGUGAACCAUUACCCUCGGUACUCCCUACUACUAGUGUUCCAGAUAAAUCGCCUCUUAAAGACGAUGUAAGGCCUAAGGAAGUUAUUGUUUUCAAGGCGGAAGAUAGUUCAACAACAAUUCAAACCAACAUAAAAUCUGCAAGCACCAUUGUUGAAUCAAUAGAUAGCAAGAUCAGCAAACCAUUAGAUCCGAUUGCAGGUUUGAAAGACGAUAAGCUCCCAACCACUUUAGGAGAUAAGCCCAAGUCCCCAGUUGAGACAGUAACAUCUAGUCAAAAAGAGUAUUCGGACGAUGAAGGCGAUGAGGAGUUUGGAAUUACUCAGCCCCAAGACAAACACGCUUUCCAGCCCACUUCUUCGGUAACUCCUCUAGUCGAAGCUGGGGAUAAAUCUUCUGUUAAAGUUGAUGAAAAACCAAAGUCGCUUGAGCUGAAAGACGAAAAGCUACCAACUAAGCUAGAAGACAAACCCAAAUCACCCAUUGAGUCAGUAAAGCCUACUGUAAGGGAGUAUUCGGACGAUGAAAGUGACGAAGAGUUUGGAAUUCCAAAGCCCCAUGACAAGCCUGUUAGUGAACCAUUACCCUCGGUAAUCCCUACUACUAGUGUUCCAGAUAAAUCGCCUCUUAAGGACGAUGUAAAGCCUAAGGAAGUUACUGUUUUCAAGGUAGAAGAAAGUUCUACAACAAUUCAAACCAACAUAAAAUCUGCAAGCACCAUUGUUGAAUCAAUAGAUAGCAAGAUCAACAAACCAUUAGAUCCGAUUGCAGGUUUGAAAUACGAUAAGCUCCCAACCUCUUUAAGAGAUAAGCCCAAGUCACCAGUUGAGUCAGUAACAUCUGGUCAAAAAGAGUAUUCGGACGAUGAAAGCGAUGAGGAGUUUGGAAUUACUCAGCCCCAAGACAGACACGCUUUCCAGCCCACUUCUUUGGUAACUCCUCUAGUCAAAGCUGGGGAUAAAUCUUCUGUUAAAGUUGAUGAGAAACCAAAGUCGCUUGAGCUGAAAGAAGAAAAGCUACCAACUAAGCUAGAAGACAAACCCAAAUCUCCCAUUGAGUCAGUAAAGCCUACUGUAAGGGAGUAUUCGGACGAUGAAAGUGACGAAGAGUUUGGAAUUCCAAAGCCCCAUGACAAGCCUGUUAGUGAACCAUUACCCUCGGUAAUCCCUACUACUAGUGUUCCAGAUAAAUCGCCUCUUAAAGACGAUGUAAAGCCUAAGGAAGUUACUGUUUUCAAGGUAGAAGAAAGUUCUACAACAAUUCAAAGCAACAUCAAGUCUGCAAGCACCAUUGUUGAAUCAAUAUAUAGCAAGAUCAGCAAACCAUUAGAUCCCAUUGUAGGUUUGAAAGACGAUAAGCUCCCAACCAGUUUAGGAGAUAAGCCCAAGUCACCAGUUGAGACAGUAACAUCUAGUCAAAAAGAGUAUUCGGACGAUGAAAGCGAUGAGGAGUUUGGAAUUACUCCGCCCCAAGACAAACACGCUUUCCAGCCCACUUCUUUGGUAACUCCUCUAGUCGAAGCUGGGGAUAAAUCUUCUGUUAAAGUUGAUGAGAAACCAAAGUCGCUUGAGCUGAAAGACGAAAAGCUACCAACUAAGCUAGAAGACAAACCCAAAUCACCCAUUGAGUCAGUAAAGCCUACUGUAAGGGAGUAUUCGGACGAUGAAAGUGACGAAGAGUUUGGAAUUCCAAAGCCCCAUGACAAGCCUGUUAGUGAACCAUUACCCUCGGUAAUCCCUACUACUAGUGUUCCAGAUAAAUCGCCUCUUAAGGACGAUGUAAAGCUUAAGGAAGUUACUGUUUUCAAGGUAGAAGAAAGUUCUACAACAAUUCAAACCAACAUAAAAUCUGCAAGCACCAUUCUUGAAUCAAUAGAUAGCAAGAUCAGCAAACCAUUAGAUCCGAUUGCAGGUUUGAAAGACGAUAAGCUCCCAACUACUUUAGGAGAUAAGCUCAAGUCACCAGUUGAGACAGUAACAUCUAGUCAAAAAGAGUAUUCGGACGAUGAAGGCGAUGAGGAGUUUGGAAUUACUCAGCCCCAAGACAAACACGCUUUCCAGCCCACUUCUUUGGUAACUCCUCUAGUCGAAGCUGGGGAUAAAUCUUCUGUUAAAGUUGAUGAGAAACCAAAGUCGCUUGAGCUGAAAGACGAAAAGCUACCAACUAAGCUAGAAGACAAACCCAAAUCACCCAUUGAGUCAGUAAGGCCUACUGUAAGGGAGUAUUCGGACGAUGAAAGUGACGAAGAGUUUGGAAUUCCAAAGCCCCAUGACAAGCCUGUUAGUGAACCAUUACCCUCGGUAAUCCCUACUACUAGUGUUCCAGAUAAAUCGCCUCUUAAGGACGACGUAAAGCCUAAGGAAGUUACUGUUUUCAAGGUAGAAGAAAGUUCUACAACAAUUCAAAGCAACAUCAAGUCUGCAAGCACCAUUGUUGAAUCAAUAUAUAGCAAGAUCAGCAAACCAUUAGAUCCCAUUGCAGGUUUGAAAGACGAUAAGCUCCCAACCAGUUUAGGAGAUAAGCCCAAGUCACCAGUUGAGACAGUAACAUCUAGUCAAAAAGAGUAUUCGGACGAUGAAAGCGAUGAGGAGUUUGGAAUUACUCCGCCCCAAGACAAACACGCUUUCCAGCCCACUUCUUUGGUAACUCCUCUAGUCGAAGCUGGGGAUAAAUCUUCUGUUAAAGUUGAUGAGAAACCAAAGUCGCUUGAGCUGAAAGACGAAAAGCUACCAACUAAGCUAGAAGACAAACCCAAAUCACCCAUUAAGUCAGUAAAGCCUAUUGUAAGGGAGUAUUCGGAUGAUGAAAGUGACGAAGAGUUUGAAAUUCCAAAGCCCCAUGACAAGCCUGUUAGUGAACCAUUACCCUCGGUAAUCCCUACUACUAGUGUUCCAGAUAAAUCGCCUCUUAAGGACGAUGUAAAGCCUAAGGAAGUUACUGUUUUCAAGGUAGAAGAAAGUUCUACAACAAUUCAAACCAACAUAAAAUCUGCAAGCACCAUUCUUGAAUCAAUAGAUAGCAAGAUCAGCAAACCAUUAGAUCCGAUUGCAGGUUUGAAAGACGAUAAGCUCCCAACUACUUUAGGAGAUAAGCUCAAGUCACCAGUUGAGACAGUAACAUCUAGUCAAAAAGAGUAUUCGGACGAUGAAGGCGAUGAGGAGUUUGGAAUUACUCAGCCCCAAGACAAACACGCUUUCCAGCCCACUUCUUUGGUAACUCCUCUAGUCGAAGCUGGGGAUAAAUCUUCUGUUAAAGUUGAUGAGAAACCAAAGUCGCUUGAGCUGAAAGACGAAAAGCUACCAACUAAGCUAGAAGACAAACCCAAAUCACCCAUUGAGUCAGUAAAGCCUACUGUAAGGGAGUAUUCGGACGAUGAAAGUGACGAAGAGUUUGGAAUUCCAAAGCCCCAUGACAAGCCUGUUAGUGAACCAUUACCCUCGGUAAUCCCUACUACUAGUGUUCCAGAUAAAUCGCCUCUUAAGGACGACGUAAAGCCUAAGGAAGUUACUGUUUUCAAGGUAGAAGAAAGUUCUACAACAAUUCAAAGCAACAUCAAGUCUGCAAGCACCAUUGUUGAAUCAAUAUAUAGCAAGAUCAGCAAACAAUUAGAUCCCAUUGCAGGUUUGAAAGACGAUAAGCUCCCAACCAGUUUAGGAGAUAAGCCCAAGUCACCAGUUGAGACAGUAACAUCUAGUCAAAAAGAGUAUUCGGACGAUGAAAGCGAUGAGGAGUUUGGAAUUACUCUGCCCCAAGACAAACACGCUUUCCAGCCCACUUCUUUGGUAACUCCUCUAGUCGAAGCUGGGGAUAAAUCUUCUGUUAAAGUUGAUGAGAAACCAAAGUCGCUUGAGCUGAAAGACGAAAAGCUACCAACUAAGGUGGAAGACAAACCCAAAUCACCCAUUGAGUCAGUAAAGCCUACUGUAAGGGAGUAUUCGGACGAUGAAAGUGACGAAGAGUUUGGAAUUCCAAAGCCCCAUGACAAGCCUGUUAGUGAACCAUUACCCUCGGUAAUCCCUACUACUAGUGUUCCAGAUAAAUCGCCUCUUAAGAACGAUGUAAAGCCUAAGGAAGUUACUGUUUUCAAGGUAGAAGAAAGUUCUACAACAAUUCAAACCAACAUAAAAACUGCAAGCACCAUUCUUGAAUCAAUAGAUAGCAAGAUCAGCCAACCAUUAGAUCCGAUUGCAGGUUUGAAAGACGAUAAGCUCCCAACUACUUUAGGAGAUAAGCUCAAGUCACCAGUUGAGACAGUAACAUCUAGUCAAAAAGAGUAUUCGGACGAUGAAAGCGAUGAGGAGUUUGGAAUUACUCAGCUCCAAGACAAACACGCUUUCCAGCCCACUUCUUUGGUAACUCCUCUAGUCGAAGCUGGGGAUAAAUCUUCUGUUAAAGUUGAUGAGAAACCAAAGUCGCUUGAGCUGAAAGACGAAAAGCUACCAACUAAGCUAGAAGACAAACCCAAAUCACCCAUUGAGUCAGUAAAGCCUACUCUAAGGGAGUAUUCGGACGAUGAAAGUGACGAAGAGUUUGGAAUUCCAAAGCCCCAUGACAAGCCUGUUAGUGAACCAUUACCCUCGGUAAUCCCUACUACUAGUGUUCCAGAUAAAUCGCCUCUUAAAGACGAUGUAAGGCCCAAGGAAGUUAUUGUUUUCAGGGCGGAAGAAAGUUCAACAACAAUUCAAACCAACAUAAAAUCUGCAAGCACCAUUGUUGAAUCAAUAGAUAGCAAGAUCAGCAAACCAUUAGAUCCGAUUGCAGGUUUGAAAGACGAUAAGCUCCCAACCACUUUAGGAGAUAAGCCCAAGUCACCAGUUGAGUCAGUAACAUCUGGUCAAAAAGAGUGUUCGGUCGAUGAAAGCGAUGAGGAGUUUGGAAUUACUCAGCCCCAAGACAAACACGCUUUCCAGCCCACUUCUUUGGUAACUCCUCUAGUCGAAGCUGGGGACAAAUCUUCUGUUAAAGUUGAUGACAAACCAAAGUCGCUUGAGCUGAAAGACGAAAAGCUACCAACUAAGCUAGAAGACAAACCCAAAUCACCCAUUGAGUCAGUAAAGCCUACUGUAAGGGAGUAUUCGGACGAUGAAAGUGACGAAGAGUUUGGAAUUUCAAAGCCCCAUGACAAGCCUGUUAGUGAACCAUUACCCUCGGUAAUCCCUACUACUAGUGUUCCAGAUAAAUCGCCUCUUAAGGACGACGUAAAGCCUAAGGAAGUUACUGUUUUCAAGGUAGAAGAAAGUUCUACAACAAUUCAAAGCAACAUUAAGUCUGCAAGCACCAUUGUUGAAUCAAUAUAUAGCAAGAUCAGCAAACAAUUAGAUCCCAUUGUAGGUUUGAAAGACGAUAAGCUCCCAACCAGUUUAGGAGAUAAGCCCAAGUCACCAGUUGAGACAGUAACAUCUAGUCAAAAAGAGUAUUCGGACGAUGAAAGCGAUGAGGAGUUUGGAAUUACUCUGCCCCAAGACAAACACGCUUUCCAGCCCACUUCUUUGGUAACUCCUCUAGUCGAAGCUGGGGAUAAAUCUUCUGUUAAAGUUGAUGAGAAACCAAAGUCGCUUGAGCUGAAAGACGAAAAGCUACCAACUAAGCUAGAAGACAAACCCAAAUCACCCAUUGAGUCAGUAAAGCCUACUGUAAGGGAGUAUUCGGACGAUGAAAGUGACGAAGAGUUUGGAAUUCCAAAGCCCCAUGACAAGCCUGUUAGUGAACCAUUACCCUCGGUAAUCCCUACUACUAGUGUUCCAGAUAAAUCGCCUCUUAAGGACGAUGUAAAGCCUAAGGAAGUUACUGUUUUCAAGGUAGAAGAAAGUUCUACAACAAUUCAAACCAACAUUAAAUCUGCAAGCACCAUUCUUGAAUCAAUAGAUAGCAAGAUCAGCAAACCAUUAGAUCCGAUUGCAGGUUUGAAAGACGAUAACCUCCCAACUACUUUAGGAGAUAAGCUCAAGUCACCAGUUGAGACAGUAACAUCUAGUCAAAAAGAGUAUUCGGACGAUGAAAGCGAUGAGGAGUUUGGAAUUACUCAGCCCCAAGACAAACACGCUUUCCAGCCCACUUCUUUGGUAACUCCUCUAGUCGAAGCUGGGGAUAAAUCUUCUGUUAAAGUUGAUGAGAAACCAAAGUCGCUUGAGCUGAAAGACGAAAAGCUACCAACUAAGCUAGAAGACAAACUCAAAUCACCCAUUGAGUCAGUAAAGCCUACUGUAAGGGAGUAUUCGGACGAUGAAAGUGACGAAGAGUUUGGAAUUUCAAAGCCCCAUGACAAGCCUGUUAGUGAACCAUUACCCUCGGUAAUCCCUACUACUAGUGUUCCAGAUAAAUCGCCUCUUAAAGACGAUGUAAGGCCUAAGGAAGUUAUUGUUUUCAAGGCGGAAGAGAGUUCAACAACAAUUCAAACCAACAUAAAAUCUGCAAGCACCAUUGUUGAAUCAAUAGAUAGCAAGAUCAGCAAACCAUUAGAUCCGAUUGCAGGUUUGAAAGACGAUAAGCUCCCAACCACUUUAGGAGAUAAGCCCAAGUCACCAGUUGAGUCAGUAACAUCUGGUCAAAAAGAGUAUUCGGACGAUGAAAGCGAUGAGGAGUUUGGAAUUACUCAGCCCCAAGACAAACACGCUUUCCAGCCCACUUCUUUGGUAACUCCUCUAGUCGAAGCUGGGGAUAAAUCUUCUGUUAAAGUUGAUGAGAAAUCAAAGUCGCUUGAGCUGAAAGACGAAAAGCUACCAACUAAGCUAGAAGACAAACCCAAAUCACCCAUUGAGUCAGUAAAGCCUACUGUAAGGGAGUAUUCGGACGAUGAAAGUGACGAAGAGUUUGGAAUUCCAAAGCCCCAUGACAAGCCUAUUAGUGAACCAUUACCCUCGGUAAUCCCUACUACUAGUGUUCCAGAUAAAUCGCCUCUUAAGGACGAUGUAAAGCCUAAGGAAGUCACUGUUUUCAAGGUAGAAGAAAGUUCUACAACAAUUCAAAGCAACAUAAAAUCUGCAAGCACCAUUCUUGAAUCAAUAGAUAGCAAGAUCAGCAAACCAUUAGAUCCGAUUGCAGGUUUGAAAGACGAUAAGCUCCCAACUACUUUAGGAGAUAAGCUCAAGUCACCAGUUGAGACAGUAACAUCUAGUCAAAAAGAGUAUUCGGACGAUGAAAGCGAUGAGGAGUUUGAAAUUACUCAGCCCCAAGACAAACACGCUUUCCAGCCCACUUCUUUGGUAACUCCUCUAGUCGAAGCUGGGGAUAAAUCUUCUGUUAAAGUUGAUGAGGAAUCAAAGUCGCUUGAGCUGAAAGACGAAAAGCUACCAAUUAAGCUAGAAGACAAACCCAAAUCACCCAUUGAGUCAGUAAAGCCUACUGUAAGGGAGUAUUCGGACGAUGAAAGUGACGAAGAGUUUGGAAUUCCAAAGCCCCAUGACAAGCCUGUUAGUGAGCCAUUACCCUCGGUAAUCCCUACUACUAGUGUUCCAGAUAAAUCGCCUCUUAAAGACGAUGUAAGGCCCAAGGAAGUUAUUGUUUUCAGGGCGGAAGAAAGUUCAACAACAAUUCAAACCAACAUAAAAUCUGCAAGCACCAUUGUUGAAUCAAUAGAUAGCAAGAUCAGCAAACCAUUAGAUCCGUUUGCAGGUUUGAAAGACGAUAAGCUCCCAACCACUUUAGGAGAUAAGCCCAAGUCACCAGUUGAGACAGUAACAUUUAGUCAAAAAGAGUAUUCAGACGAUGAAAGCGAUGAGGAGUUUGGAAUUACUCAGCCCACUUCUUUGGUAACUCCUCUAGUCGAAGCUGGGGAUAAAUCUUCUGUUAAAGUUGAUGAGAAACCAAAGUCACUUGAGCUGAAAGACGAAAAGCUACCAACUAAGCUAGAAGACAAACCCACAUCACCCAUUGAGUCAGUAAAGCCUACUGUAAGGGAGUAUUCGGACGAUGAAAGUGACGAAGAGUUUGGAAUUCCAAAGCCCCAUGACAAGCCUGUUAGUGAGCCAUUACCCUCGGUAAUCCCUACUACUAGUGUUCCAGAUAAAUCGCCUCUUAAAGACGAUGUAAGGCCCAAGGAAGUUAUUGUUUUCAGGGCGGAAGAAAGUUCAACAACAAUUCAAACCAACAUAAAAUCUGCAAGCACCAUUGUUGAAUCAAUAGAUAGCAAGAUCAGCAAACCAUUAGAUCCGUUUGCAGGUUUGAAAGACGAUAAGCUCCCAACUACUUUAGGAGAUAAGCUCAAGUCACCAGUUGAGACAGUAACAUCUAGUCAAAAAGAGUAUUCGGACGAUGAAAGCGAUGAGGAGUUUGAAAUUACUCAGCCCCAAGACAAACACGCUUUCCAGCCCACUUCUUUGGUAACUCCUCUAGUCGAAGCUGGGGAUAAAUCUUCUGUUAAAGUUGAUGAGGAAUCAAAGUCGCUUGAGCUGAAAGACGAAAAACUACCAACUAAGCUAGAAGACAAACCCAAAUCACCCAUUGAGUCAGUAAAGCCUACUGUAAGGGAGUAUUCGGACGAUGAAAGUGACGAAGAGUUUGGAAUUCCAAAGCCCCAUGACAAGCCUGUUAGUGAACCAUUACCCUCGGUAAUCCCUACUACUAGUGUUCCGGAUAAAUCGCCUCUUAAGGACGAUGUAAAGCCUAAGGAAGUUAGUGUUUUCAAGGUAGAAGAAGGUUCUACAACAAUUCAAACCAACAUAAAAUCUGCAAGCACCGUUGUUGAAUCAAUAGAUAGCAAGAUCAGCAAGCCAUUAGCUCCGUUUGCAGGUUUGAAAGACGAUAAGCUCCCAACCACUUUAGGAGAUAAGCCCAAGUCACCAGUUGAGACAGUAACAUUUAGUCAAAAAGAGUAUUCAGACGAUGAAAGCGAUGAGGAGUUUGGAAUUACUCAGCCCACUUCUUUGGUAACUCCUCUAGUCGAAGCUGGGGAUAAAUCUUCUGUUAAAGUUGAUGAGAAACCAAAGUCGCUUGAGCUGAAAGACGAAAAGCUACCAACUAAGCAAGAAGACAAACCCAAAUCACCCAUUGAGUCAGUAAAGCCUACUGUAAGGGAGUAUUCGGACGAUGAAAGUGACGAAGAGUUUGGAAUUUCAAAGCCCCAUGACAAGCCUGUUAGUGAACCAUUACCCUCGGUAAUCCCUACUACUAGUGUUCCAGAUAAAUCGCCUCUUAAAGACGAUGUAAGGCCUAAGGAAGUUAUUGUUUUCAAGGCGGAAGAGAGUUCAACAACAAUUCAAACCAACAUAAAAUCUGCAAGCACCAUUGUUGAAUCAAUAGAUAGCAAGAUCAGCAAACCAUUAGAUCCGAUUGCAGGUUUGAAAGACGAUAAGCUCCCAACCACUUUAGGAGAUAAGCCCAAGUCACCAGUUGAGUCAGUAACAUUUAGUCAAAAAGAGUAUUCAGACGAUGAAAGCGAUGAGGAGUUUGGAAUUACUCAGCCCCAAGACAAACACGCUUUCCAGCCCACUUCUUUGGUAAUUCCUCUAGUCAAAGCUGUGGAUAAAUCUUCUGUUAAAGUUGAUGAGAAACCAAAGUCGCUUGAGCUGAAAGAUAAAAGGCUACCAACUAAGCUAGAAGAUAAGCCCAAGUUACCCAUUGAGUCAGUAAAGCCUACUGUAAGGGAGUAUUCGGACGAUGAAAGUGACGAAGAGUUUGGAAUUCCAAAGCCCCAUGACAAGCCUGUUAGUGAACCAUUACCCUCGGUAAUCCCUACUACUUGUGUUCCAGAUAAAUCGCCUCUUAAAGACGAUGUAAGGCCCAAGGAAGUUAUUGUUUUCAGGGCGGAAGAAAGUUCAACAACAAUUCAAACCAACAUAAAAUCUGCAAGCACCAUUGCUGAAUCAAUAGAUAGCAAGAUCAGCAAACCAUUAGAUCUGUUUGCAAGUUUGAAAGACGAUACGCUCCCAAUCAACUUAGGAGAUAAGCCCAAGUCACCAGUUGAGACAGUAAUAUCUAGUGAAAAAGAGUAUUCGGACGAUGAAAGCGAUCAGGAGUUUGGAAUUACUCAGCCCCAAGACAAACACGCUUUCCAGCCCACUUCUUUGGUAACUCCUCUAGUCGAAGCUGGGGAUAAAUCUUCUGUUAAAGUUGAUGAGAAACCAAAGUCGUUUGAGCUGAAAGACGAAAAGCUAACAACUAAGCUAGAAGACAAACCCAAAUCACCCAUUGAGUCGGUAAAGCCUACUGUAAGGCAGUAUUCGGACGAUGAAAGUGACGAAGAGUUUGGAAUUCCAACGCCCCAUGACAAGCCUGUUAGUGAACUAUCACCCUCGGUAAUCCCUGUCACUAGUGCUCCAGAUAAAUCGCCCCUUAAAGACGAUGUAAAGCCUAAGGAAGUUACUGUUUUCAAGGCGGAAGAAAGUUCACCAACAAUUCAAACCACCAUUAAAUAUGCAAGCGCCGUCGUUGAAUCAAUAGAUAGCAAGAUCAGCAAACCAUUACAUCUGUUUGCAAGUUUGAAAGACGAUAAGCUCCGAACCACUUUAGAAGAUAAGCCCAAGUCACCAGUUGAGUCAGUCACAUCUGGUCAAAAAGAGUAUUCGGACGAUGAAAACGAUGAGGAGUUUGGAAUUACUCAGCCCCAAGACAAACGCGCUUUCCAGCCCACUUCUUUGGUAACUCCUCUAGUCGAAGCUGGGGAUAAAUCUUCUGUUAAAGUUGAUGAGAAACCAAAGUCGCUUGGGCUGGAAGAUGAAGGGCUACCAACUAGUCUAGAAGAUAAGCCCAAGUCACCCAUUAAGUCAGUAAAGCCUACUGUAAGGGAGUAUUCGGACGAUGAAAGUGACGAAGAGUUUGGAAUUCCAAAGCCCCAUGACAAGCCUGUUAGUGAACCAUUACCCUCGGUAAUCCCUACUACUUGUGUUCCAGAUAAAUCGCCUCUUAAAGACGAUGUAAGGCCCAAGGAAGUUAUUGUUUUCAGGGCGGAAGAAAGUUCAACAACAAUUCAAACCAACAUAAAAUCUGCAAGCACCAUUGUUGAAUCAAUAGAUAGCAAGAUCAGCAAACCAUUAGAUCUGUUUGCAAGUUUGAAAGACGAUACGCUCCCAAUCAACUUAGGAGAUAAGCCCAAGUCACCAGUUGAGACAGUAAUAUCUAGUGAAAAAGAGUAUUCGGACGAUGAAAGCGAUCAGGAGUUUGGAAUUACUCAGCCCCAAGACAAACACGCUUUCCAGCCCACUUCUUUGGUAACUCCUCUAGUCGAAGCUGGGGAUAAAUCUUCUGUUAAAGUUGAUGAGAAACCAAAGUCGUUUGAGCUGAAAGACGAAAAGCUAACAACUAAGCUAGAAGACAAACCCAAAUCACCCAUUGAGUCGGUAAAGCCUACUGUAAGGCAGUAUUCGGACGAUGAAAGUGACGAAGAGUUUGGAAUUCCAAAGCCCCAUGACAAGCCUGUUAGUGAACUAACACCCUCGGUAAUCCCUGUCACUAGUGCUCCAGAUAAAUCGCCCCUUAAAGAAGAUGUAAAGCCUAAGGAAGUUACUGUUUUCAAGGCGGAAGAAAGUUCACCAACAAUUCAAACCACCAUUAAAUAUGCAAGCGCCGUCGUUGAAUCAAUAGAUAGCAAGAUCAGCAAACCAUUACAUCUGUUUGCAAGUUUGAAAGACGAUAAGCUCCGAACCACUUUAGAAGAUAAGCCCAAGUCACCAGUUGAGUCAGUCACAUCUGGUCAAAAAGAGUAUUCGGACGAUGAAAACGAUGAGGAGUUUGGAAUUACUCAGCCCCAAGACAAACGCGCUUUCCAGCCCACUUCUUUGGUAACUCCUCUAGUCGAAGCUGGGGAUAAAUCUUCUGUUAAAGUUGAUGAGAAACCAAAGUCGCUUGGGCUGGAAGAUGAAGGGCUACCAACUAGUCUAGAAGAUAAGCCCAAGUCACCCAUUAAGUCAGUAAAGCCUAGUGUAAGUAAAUAUUCGGACGAUGAAAGUGAGGAAGAGUUUGGAAUUCCAAAGCCCCAUGACAAGCCUGUUAGUCAACUAACACCCUCGGUAAUCCCUGUUACUAGUGCUCCAGAUAAAUCGCCUCUUAAAGAAGAUGUAAAGCCUAAGGAAGUUACUGUUUUCAAGGCGGAUGAAAGUUCAACAACAAUUCAAACCACCAUUAAAUCUGCAAGCGGCGUCGUUGAAUCAAUAGAUAGUAAGAUCACCAAGCCAUUAGAUCCGUUUGCAAGUUUGAAAGACGAUAAGCUCCCAACCACUUUAGGAGAUAAGCCCAAAUCACCAGUUGAGUCAGUAACAGCUAGUAAAAAAGUGAAUUUGGACGAUGAACGCGAUGAGGAGUCAGCUUCUUUGGUAACUCAUCUAAUCGAUGCUGGGGAUAAAUCUUCAAGCCAAUCUGUUGAAAACGCAAAGGGUCCAGAGCCAAAAGGCGAAAGGUUACUAAUUAAGCCAAGUGACAAAAAGUAUUCGGACGACGAAUGUGAGAAGUUAGGAAUUCCUAAGUCCCAUGAUUUAUCUGUUGGUGAACCAACCAUAAUUGAAUUUACUGAUUUAGAAGACAAACUUAAGUCACACCCUUCCCACGCUGGUGCCCAAGACAUAUUAGGAUCCAUGCCGAAGAAACAUCAGAUUCGUGAUAGCAGGGCCAAUUCAAUUUCCGAUUGCGAAGAAAACAGAUCUGUAAAACAGAUUGUGGAGGAUACUCUAAGAGCUGGUGAUGCAGAGGUACAAAAAAUUGUGAAUGAAACACUUAAAUCAGUUCAACAUGCUGGAAACUUGGGUAAUGUUAAUGAUCCGAUUGCAAAUGAAGACCGAUCAGUAGAACAAAUAGUUGAAGAAACACUAAAGAAUGCAAAGCUUAACUCUGAUGACAAAGUGUGCCUUACCAUGGUAAAUAAUUCAGAAUCAAAAGAAGUUCGACCAGUGGCCUACUUCGUAAAUUUAACAAAUGAACAGAAGUCGGUAGCUCCGGUUAAAAAACAAGUUAUAAAAGCUCAACAGAAAAAGGUAACAAAGACAGAUUCAGGAAAAUCAGUAAGGGAAGCUAGCUCCGGUGCAAUGAUUAGGACUACUCUUAGCAAAAGAACAGUGAGGGUUAGGGAAAAGCCUAAGAACGACGUUAAAAGCACACCUGUUCCACAAUCAAAAGUAAAAGCAACUACUAUAAAACAAACACCAAUUCAAAAGACAACAGCUACGGACAAAACCAAACUAAUGAACAAAACCGAGUCAAGACGUUCUGUCACAAGCUCAACUUCAACCACAACCAGUUCGGCUUCCGCAGCAAGUCGUGUGAUAAGCGAAAUACAUUUCGAGCGGUCUGCAAGCCCUGCGUCGAGUUCUAUUUUCUAUGAGAGCCAUCCGCAAGGUGAAGGAAGCCGCUCCACAACUCCCAGGCCUAGGGUUAAGACUGACGUCACCCGAAUACCCUACAGUCCCCAGCCCAAGACCUCAACGUCUAUUAAGUCAACCGUAAGACAAACUAAAACAACUGCCACUCGAUCUAUCAAAGACCUCACCGGAAAGAGUUCAAAGAAUACUGAGAAAAUCGGCAGCCAAGAGCACCUUGAGAAGAGGAAAACCCCGACACCAUCUGCCACCCACAGAUAUAUGCAGCCCACCCUGGCCCACAGCAUGCGAUACGGUUUGAGUGGUGAUGGCGACAUUGGCCAGAGUGUCUUACCGGUACCGCUAAAGUCACCAGCACCUCCUAAAUCGCCAGCUCCGGCCCAAACCAAAAGUACUCACAGAACACCUUUUGUAACAAGUGCCUUGACAAAGUCCACAUCCCAGCUAACGAAGCAAAAAAACAUUAUUGCUGAAAAGAAAUCAACACAACCCCGCUCCCAGAUCAAGAGAGGCUCACAAAGUGAUAGCAAGGAGUCCCUAAAAAGCACCGACCGCCUAUACAAACGACAAACAUCCAAAGAAAAUAAGCUAAUAAACGUGAUAGGCUCCAAGAGCCAAGCAACUAAAAGCAUGAUUACACAAUCAGCUAAUUCAGCCAAGACACUUGCCUACAAAACUUCCAUAGAAACCGACAACAAGCUUCAAACGAAGUCCACAGCCACUAUACAGCGCACCAAAGUUCCGAUAAGCGUGUCUUCCAGUGCAAGGACUACAGCUAAGUUAAGCAAGAGUGACACCGACAAGAGACCUCAGGUAGACAAUAAGAAAACAGUUAAGAGAACGGUAACCAAAACAAGUGAAGGCAGCGGCACUACGACCACCACCACCUCUACCAGAACUGUGCACAGCUCCAUGGAGCCCAAGAUGCAAAAGAAGAUGAAGGACACCAUGAACGAGUCGAGUUCAAACUCGGGAAGCGGCACCACCAGUGCCAGCGGUUCCUCGAACAGUACGCGGCGCAGUGUGCGAUCCGUCAGCACAGUAAGCCGCAAGACGGACAAGGACUUGACCAACAUCCGACGGGCAGCGGGCGCAGUAGUGUCUACAUCGACCGUGCGAGUUCAUCGGGAGCCAAUUGCAACCACCGGCGCUGUUAGCACCGUGCUUGUUGAUGACGACUGUGAGGUGAUAACCAUACGUUCCAUUAAAUCAAGCGAUAGUACAAAAAGUUCUACCUCAUCAUCCUCCGGUAGCGGCAGCAACAGUCGCAAGGUGCUAACCAGUGAGGUAUUCACUAAGACCUUCGGCCCCGACAAGCCGCUGGAGGUCGUCUACCGACAGCCCGAGUUCGAUGUAGAACACCACACCAUCAUGUCAAUGCGUCCGCCCUCAACUACAAGCAGCGAUCAGCAGCGAUGCAUCAACGAGUUCGACGUUAGCUUUAUCGACACCACCGACUCCAGUCUCUCGGACUCCGUGGCCUUGCCCAUGUUUGGCUCCGGCGAUCCGGAGCGUCUGUUAGCCGCCAGUCCCGGCUCGCCCAAGCCCACUCGCAGUCCCCUGGCUCUGAUCGAGGAGACCCUGCGCCGCCAGCAACAGCACCACCAUCACCAUCCGCAGUACCACCACGGUAGCGUUGCUCUAUCCGGUGCUGCUGCCCUUGACCCUUCUCUGCCCAUGCAAGUGGCUUUUGGAGAGAGUCAACGGGAGGCGGAGGUGGAUGUCGAGAAGAGCAGCACUUCAAAAGGUAAAUAUGGUCACUUGUUGAAGAUAUCUGUUAGGUCUUGUGCACACUGA